UGUUCCCGCUGCCACGUCACCCACCACGAACCGAUCGGGAAAAGGAGAGCGAGCGAGCUGGUGAAAAUGUUGAGGGCUUGAUGGUUCAGAGAAGUUUCUGUGUAGCUUAUUGGUGGCAGUGAAUGUUCAGUGAAGGACAGUGAGGUGAGAGUGGUUUUUCUCCCAUUUCUGUUGGAGGUCGCCUGUCUCGCAGCAUCGAGUUUCCGUUCCUCUCUGAAGCCGAAUUCGGUUCAAGCUUGUCGAGAUUUGGGCACAGUAUUGCACGUGAAUUUGGAAACUAUGACUUCAUCUGAUCAUGACCUGAUUGAAAACGAACCUAAUGAGCAGCAACAUCAAUCAAACUCAGAGAUGCAGUCUUCAUCUACAAACGGAAUUUCUGAUUCAGGUAUUGUUACCCAGAAUGUUCAGUAUGCAGCGCCUCCUCCACAGAUUGGAACUGGACAUCCUAUGGCACAAGUUUACCCAUACCCAGAUCCUUACUAUAGGAGCAUCUUUGCUCCAUAUGAGACGCAGCCUUAUCCCCCACAGCCCUAUGGAACACAACCAAUGGUCCAUCUUCAGUUAAUGGGAAUUCAACAAGCUGGUGCUCCUCUACCAACAGAUGCAGUUGAGGAGCCUGUAUUUGUCAAUGCAAAGCAGUAUCAUGGUAUAUUGAGACGCAGACAGUCUCGUGCCAAAGCUGAAUCAUUAAAUAAAGUUAUCAGGAAUCGCAAGCCAUAUUUGCAUGAAUCCCGGCAUUUGCAUGCAUUGAGAAGAGCACGAGGAUGCGGAGGUAGAUUUCUUAAUUCAAAGAAAAGCGAGAACCAACAGAAUGAGGUGUCAUCAACAGAUAAAUCACUGUCCAAUACCAAUCUCAAUCCUGACCAAAAGGAUCUUGCUUCAUCAGAUAGGAUUUCCUAAAACUACAGAAAUGGCUAUUUCUUAGAUAGCACGGGUCUAAUGUAUAUCAGGAGAAAAAUAUUCAACCAAUAGUAGCCCUAGAUGUGGCACUAUGUGCUUCAGUCUGGUUCUGCACAACCCCACAGGCUUUGCAUAGUAAGGCUUGUUAGGGAGGUUGCAAAAUGAAGCAGGUAAAAUGUAAAUUGAAGUGCUUUCGACCAUAGUUUUUUUUCUCAGCGUUAUCCUUUGUAGCCUUGGAUAGAUGAGAUUUUUGUUGUGUGGGCAUUUUUUGGUUUUUGUAACGGGUAAUGUGGAUCCUUAAGAGAUUAUCCAUAGUCAUGCGAUUUGGUUGGUUGGAUUGUUUUACAUUUAGCUUGUUGCAGAUCAAAUGAAUGUGGUUUGUCAUGAUUAAGCAAGGGAGAUUUAACCCAGAAUUGUGUUGGUUAUCGGUAGGUCUGGCGAGGAAAUGAUGGAUAAUGGAUAUCGUAGCUAGUAGUGUAUUUAUAUAUAGUAAUGAUUAAGAUUUAGUCCUUGUUGAUAUGA